AUGGAGUUCGGGCUGGGAAAUUGUGCCAGUGCCCAGCGCAGCACCACGCCUGGGGGACUCGCCGCCGCCGCCUUCCUCAUCUCCCUGCCCUGCCGCCGGGGCAGACGAUCAGAACGGGGAGGCGGAGGCCUUCAAGGCGGAGAUCAAGAAGACGGACGUGAAGGAGGAGAAGAGGAAGAAAGAGCCUUCGCCGAGCUGCGGGAGUGCAUCCCCAACGUGCCCGCCGACACCAAGCUCUCCAAGAUCAAAACCCUGCGCCUGGCCACCAGCUACAUCGCCUACCUCAUGGACCUGCUGGCCAAGGACGAUCAGAACGGGGAGGCGGAGGCCUUCAAGGCGGAGAUCAAGAAGACGGACGUGAAGGAGGAGAAGAGGAAGAAAGAGCUGAACGAAAUCUUGAAAAGCACAGUUAGCAGCAACGAUAAGAAAACCAAAGGAAGGACUGGCUGGCCGCAACAUGUCUGGGCUUUGGAGCUCAAGCAGUGAGCGCUGCAAGACUGAAGGACUCAAGGAAAUCUCCUAGACUCAUUAGCGAGAUUUGAUCUGAGGACUUUUUGUAUUUGGAAUCCUCCAGUUUAUUUAUGUGCAAUUUCUCCCCCCACCCCCCACCCCCAAAAUGUGGAUAUUCGACGAAAAGCAUUCCAUAUUUUAAUAUGAAGAGGAAACUCCAGCUUGGUAAGGGGUAAUGUCUCAAUAGUUUGGUGAAUGUUAUUUCUCUGUUGUAUAGAACACACGGGGAAAAAUAGAAAAGAAAGGAGGCAAAGACUCCCAGGCAUUAGUGUGUAUGUGAAGUGUAUCUUUAAUACCUGGCCUUUUGGAUAUAAAUAUUCAUGGGAUUAUAAAAUUAUAUUUCAACAGAAACAGUUGCACCAAUGUUUCAGUUGGCUUGAUAUUGCUAUGGUAAUUUUGUUGUGGUCGUUCAGUAUUUGAAAAUGUUUUCAACCGGUAUUUGUUAUGUGCACUUCCGUCCUUAAGGGGGGGAAAAGUGGAGUUUAAUUAAUAUUGAAGGUGUAAACGUUGUAAGUAUUCAAUAAACCACUGUGUGUGUUUUUUACAAAAAAAA